UCCGGGCCGGCUGAGGCGGGCGCAGGCUGGAGCUCGCGGCUGGCUGUCUCUGCGUGCGCUCGGGGAGCUUCUCCCCUCGCGGAGUGCCCCGCCAACGCGGAUCGAGGCCGGUAGCUCACGCGGGACUGCAGCGCCGAGCGGAGCGGAGGAGCCGCUGGCUGCGGGGUCGGGUCGCGAAAGUCGUCUGGGCUCCUCCGCGCCCCCUCCAGCCGCGCUCCAUGCUCCGGCCGCGGCCGGGCCCCUCGCCCUGUCGCUGACGGCGCCCGCCGCCCCGGGCAGCACCCAUGCACUGCGCGCUCCGGGAGUCGUAGGCUGCAGUUGCGCCGCGGCUCCGGGAGCCGGCGGGGGCGCCGCGGCCGUGGGGGGCGUCAAUGGAUCGCCAUUCCAGCUACAUCUUCAUCUGGCUGCAGCUCGAACUCUGCGCCAUGGCCGUGCUGCUCACCAAAGGUGAAAUCAGAUGCUAUUGUGAUGCUGCCCACUGCGUGGCCACUGGCUAUAUGUGUAAAUCUGAGCUGAGCGCCUGCUUCUCGAGACUUCUCGAUCCCCAGAACACAAAUUCCCCGCUCACCCAUGGCUGCCUGGACUCUCUCGCGAGCACAGCGGACGUCUGCCAAGCCAAACAGGCACGGAACCACUCUGGCACCACCAUGCCCACGCUGGGAUGCUGUCAUGAAGAUAUGUGCAAUUACAGAGGGCUGCAGGAUGUCCUGGCUCCUCCCAAGGGGGAGGCCUCAGGACCAGGAAACCGGUAUCGGCACGACGGGAGCAGGAACCUCAUCACCAAAGUGCAGGAGCUGACCUCUUCCAAAGAGUUGUGGUUCCGGGCAGCGGUGAUCGCUGUUCCCAUCGCCGGCGGCCUGAUUUUAGUGUUGCUUAUCAUGUUAGCCUUGAGGAUGCUUCGAAGCGAGAACAAGAGACUGCAGGACCAGCGGCAGCAGAUGCUGUCGCGUUUGCAUUACAGCUUUCACGGACACCAUUCCAAAAAGGGGCAGGUGGCAAAGUUGGACUUGGAAUGCAUGGUGCCCGUGAGCGGGCACGAGAAUUGCUGCCUGACCUGUGACAAACUGAGGCAGGCGGACCUCAGCAACGACAAGAUCCUCUCGCUCGUUCACUGGGGCAUGUACAGCGGGCACGGGAAGCUGGAGUUCGUAUGACAGGGCCUCAUCCGCACCCAAGUUCUCGGACGCUUUGAAGGCCUUGAGUUCUGCUGGACAGGAGCACUUUAUCUGAAGAAAAACAAACUCACGUCAUCAUCUGGGAGAGACCAAACGACCUCUGCGGACAGAAUCUUGGAUAUUUCUUCUGAAGGAUUAUUUGCACAGACUUGAAGGCAGUCAGAUGUAUUCUUUGCUUUAAAAUUAGAAAAAGCAAAGAGAGGACUGUGCACUCACUGUUACCAGGGUUAUUUGCAUCUGCGCGAGCUGGAAUCGAGCACCUAAAUAAACUGACAUGUGCUCUGUGUCAGCUCCGACGUCCUGAUUUAUUGUAAAGAUUUAAAAAAUAUAUCUAUAUUUUUUGUCUGAAAUUUAGCCGUGUCUUGUCAUAAAUUAAAAACAAACUAAGUGGGAAGUGUAAGAAACGACACGUUCAUUCCACAAACGAAGAUCUGUUGUUGAUUCUACUGUUGUUGAUUCUGAUAAGGUCUCCACUCUAGGAUUGGGCUUGACUUUUAUUUUUUGUUUUGAAACAAGACCAAGAUCUUGUUCAUUCUUACUUGUGUAUUUGUACUUUUCUCACAGCGUGGAAAAUUUCCAAAUGUCUACUGCCCAUCGUUCAGUGUCUCACACCCCCCCCCCCCCCCGUUUUUUGUUAGGACAGUUCUGGUUUUUAGCUUUCAUCUGCGAGAAAUCUUAGACUUAUUUAUACCAGGUCAGAUAUGAUGGAUCACUAUCUGGAGUUGCCUUAGCAAAGGUAAUAUUUCUCAGCUUACUCCAGAUGCUCUGGAAUGCUUCUUUUUAAAAUGUGUCUACCUCCAACCCCAAAAGGAAAGCCAGACCAAACCCACUAAAGGAAACUUCUUCUCUAGUUCAAGUUAGUCAUUGGCUCCUUUUGCUGUUGAUUAAUUUAUCGGUUAACUUUGUGUCAAAUCACGUUAAAUAUUGUGGACCCCAAAUUAGCCAAACUUGAUUGUAUCAUGCUCCUAGUUUGCAAACCUUCCUUCAACACAGUGUUAUGCUAACUUGUUUUUUUUUUUUUUUUUUUAACCUCUCAAUGUUUAGAAAGGGUUUCAGCAGUGAACGUUAUUUGUAUCAAUUGAGAUUUAAAGAACACACAGUACCACUGGGACCCCCUGCCCCUGACAUUGACUUCAGCCACUGAUAGACUGUGUUUCCAUUCCUGUAGGACUUUUCUGUCUGGCAACACUUCUCAGGCUGAAUUUAAACCCAUGCUCCAUUUGCAUAUUUUUCCCCCAAAUAGGUCUUUGUUAUCUUACACGUGAGAAGAAUUUGCCACGUAGGAUUUUUUUUUUCCUCGAUUCUUUUGUAUAUUUGAAACUUGUGCUAAAAAUUAACCUAUAGUCUGCAUAUUUGAGUAUGGGGUUGUCUUUGAUACGUGUUAAGGGAUUCUUUGUGUGUGUGCGUAUUUGGGGGAAUAUUUUAUGAUCAGCAUAAUUUGGAUCCCUGAAGACAGAUGCAGUAGCCACGUUCAUGGAAGAAUCUGAGUUGCAAUGACUAGUCUAAAAACAAUAACCUAGAUUAUUUAAUAAUUGGUAGACCACAGCCCCAUACAAAGUAGGCUAUGGAAUAAAUACACAUUUUAAUAAA